CUGGAGUGCAGUCUCGGGUUUACCUGCCACGGCAUAACCCAUCACCAAUAUGUUGUAAUGCCUGAUCUUGUGAACAUACCUCUGCUUCAUAUAGUUCUGCAGAAACUCCAGCAUCAAGUUCAUCAUCUUGGCUUUGGAUAUAAUCCGGAAAAUGGCAUCGAACGUUGUUCUCGUGUGGUGGAAGCCCGGCUGCCGGUCGGCCCAAUCGAAGAAUUUCAAGCAGGAGAGGACCCUGAGAUUCAAUCGGGAAAGGGCAGAGUCGGCGGCGGACUCCUGCUGGGUACGGAGGAUCUCGAAGACGGUGUCGAAGAGGGGUUUCUUUCGGGACAUGAACCAUUCUCUGAAGUAUGA